UGUUCCGGCUCCUGAGUGUGUUUGGUGAUGAGGCUGCAGUCAGCCUCCCUUAGAGCGGAUGCGCGCGCGGACACCUCGCGGACGGGAAAUGGAGCAGUCCAGACCUCAGAGCGGACAGGGUCUCGUGGCGCAAUGACCUCGCGUGUCUGUGGACGUGUUUGUUUCUCAGGGGGAACCGCAGCGCUCCAAUUCCGCGGGAAUAUCUCCUGAACGGCGGCGCAGGGACCGCGCUGACCGGACCGUGCGGCCGCUCAGAGCCGCCUUCCUCCCAGCAUCCGGGCUGACUUCUCACGGACUUUCCUCGGAAGUUGCUGUUGGGCCGUGUCCGUGUCAGGGGAAGGUUGCAGCGUGGGAUGCUAAAACUUCUGCUCUGGGGCUGCAGUGCAGCGGGUGGCAUGCUGCUCCUGGAGUUCGGUCCCUAGUUAGUUCUCCGGGUGGAUUUACUGCUGCUGGAGGCGCCGCUCUGCAGACUUCUGCUGAUCUGCUCACACCAUGAGGAGCAGUCUGGUCCCUGCGCUGCUUUUGGUGGCUCUGGGAUGUUUUGUACAUGGCUCCCGCCCCAGGAUAGAGGAUGCCGCACCCCGGAUUGUAGAAAAUCCAUCCGACUUGAUUGUGUCCAAGGGAGAGCCUGCCACCCUCAACUGUAAGGCUGAAGGACGACCCACUCCAACUGUGGAAUGGUAUAAAGAUGGUGAGCGGGUGGAAACGGACCGAGAAGACCCGCGAUCCCAUCGGAUGCUGCUCCCCAGCGGUUCGCUCUUCUUCCUGCGAAUCGUUCACGGCAGGAGAAGCAAACCAGAUGAAGGUGUUUAUGUGUGCGUAGCGCGGAACUACCUGGGCGAAGCAGUGAGUCGGAACGCAUCUCUGGAAGUGGCAAUUUUGAGGGAUGACUUCCGCCAGACACCCAGCGAUGUGGUGGUGGCAGCAGGGGAGCCGGCUGUCAUGGAGUGUAUCCCCCCCAGAGGACACCCAGAGCCCACCAUCUCCUGGAAAAGAAACAACAUUCGGGUUAAUGAUCGAGAUGAAAGGAUCACGAUCCGUGGUGGAAAGCUGAUGAUUUCCAACACAAAGAAAAGUGAUGCUGGAAUGUACGUAUGUGUUGGAACCAACAUGGUGGGUGAGAAAGACAGUGAUCCUGCUGAACUUGUGGUGUUUGAGAGGCCAGUCUUCAUCAAACAACCAGUGAACCAAGUGGUGCUGGCAAACGACACAGUGGACUUCUUCUGUGAGGUGCAUGGAGACCCGACUCCAACUGUCCGCUGGCAUAGAGAAGAGGGAGAGUUCCCCCGGGGAAGGUUUGAAAUCCGCAGUGACAACAGUCUGCGUCUGACCCAGGUGCGAGCGGAGGAUGAGGGCGCGUACAUCUGCUCAUCAGAGAACAGUGUGGGCAAAGCUGAGGCCUCAGCUACCCUCCAAGUACACGCCGGUCUUUCCUUGCCUCCCCAGUUUGUGAUACGGCCACGUGACCAGAUCACAGCUCCAGGCCGCACCGUAACCUUCCUCUGUGGCACCAAGGGAAACCCUCCUCCGGCUGUGUUUUGGCAGAAAGAAGGCAGCCAGAUCUUGCUGUUCCCCAUCCAGGAGCCGUCCCAGUCUGGUCGUUUCUCCGUGUCGCUGAGCGGUGAGCUCACCAUUGCUGACGUACACGUCCAGGACUCUGGCUACUACAUCUGCCAGGCCAUCAGUGUGGCCGGGAGCAUCCUGACCAAAGCCCUGCUCGAGGUGGAAAGCAGUGAGUCACCUUCGGACCGUGUCCCCCCCAUCAUCCGCCAGGGACCAGCCAAUCACACCUUAGCCCCUGGUUCCACUGCUCAGCUCCACUGCCACAUCAUUGGGAACCCCACCCCCAGCAUCCAAUGGGAAAAAGAUGGUCAGAGGAUCUUGGGAAAUGAUGAGCGGAUCAGUUUGAUGGAGAACGGCACCUUCCAAAUCACCAACUUGCAGGAACUGGACUCCGGCGUUUACACUUGUGUGGCUUCCAGCUCCAGCGGAGAGAGCAGCUGGAGUGGAGCGCUCACUGUCAAAGAGAGUGCUGACCCAUCAGCCGCUCAGGCCACCCAGCCCUUCCAGCUGCCCGGCCCGCCACAAAAACCCAUCGUCACUGAUGUGUCCAAGAACAGUGUCAGUCUGACCUGGCAACCCAACGCACACGAGGGUGGAGCCGCCGUCACCUCCUACAUCAUCGAGGCGUUCAGCCAAUCAGCAGGCAGCACCUGGCAGACUGUCGCCGACACGGUGAAGAUGGAGACGCACACCAUCACUGGCCUUUUUCCCAACACCAUCUACCUGUUCAUUGUCCGAGCGGUCAACGCCUACGGCCUGAGUGACCCCAGCCCCAUCUCUGAACCCGUCAGAACACAAGAUGUGAGCCCUACGGGUCAGGGAGUGGACCAUAGGCAGGUGCAGAGGGAGCUGGGGGAGGUGGCCGUCCAGCUCCAGGACCCUGUCCCCCUGACGGCUUCCUCCGUCCGGGUGUCAUGGACUGUUGACCGUCAGUCUCAGUACAUCCAGGGUUACCGCCUCUUCUAUCGGCCCAAUGGAGGAAGCUGGCUUCUCCAGGACAUCAACUCUCCUUCAGAGCGCAGCAGCAUCCUCAGCAAUCUGCUGAAAGGAGCCGAGUACCAGAUAAAGAUCCGUCCAUAUUUUGAUGAGUUCCAGGGCAAAGACAGCCGGACGAUGCUGGUCCAAACCUCAGAAGAAGCCCCCAGCGCCCCGCCCAGAGGCGUCACCGUGAAGCUCAGCAACAGCUCCAGCAUCAGCGUCUCCUGGGAGCCUCCACCCGCUGACAUGCAAAAUGGCAUCAUCCAGGAGUACAGGGUUUGGUGUGUGGGCAGCGGCAUUGAGAACCAGACACGUUACUAUGUCAACAAGACGGUGGAUGGAAACAUCCUCUCCACGGUGCUGAGGGGGCUGCUCCCCGCCGUCCUGUACCAGGUGGAGGUGGCGGCAGUGACCAGCGCCGGCGUCGGCACCAGAAGUCAGCCGGUGUCUGUCGUCAUCAAGCUACCAGCUGAAAAGGCCUCCGUGCCAGGCGGCGGAGGCACUGUUGACGCCAGCGACAGCAGGGAGGAGAGCAGCGUGAGCCUGGCGGAGCAGAUCACUGACGUGGUCAAGCAGCCGGCGUUUAUUGCUGGCAUUGGCGGCGCCUGCUGGGUCAUCCUCAUGGGCUUCAGUGUCUGGAUCUACUGCCGGCGUAAGAAGAGGAAGGAGCUGAGCCACUACACGGCGUCCUUUGCCUACCCGCCAGCAGUUGGUUUCCCUCACAGUGAAGGAUGUGCUUUCAGUGGAAGGCCCAGCGCUCUGGGUGGAAACAUGAGCAACUAUCCGUGGUUGGCAGACUCCUGGCCCACCACCAACUUGGUCCAUGGCAGUAAAGAAGCUGUAGACUGCUGCACCAACAGUCACGACACCAGUGAGCGAUACUACAAUGAAAGUGGCAUCUCAAACUACCUACAUCAGACAGAGAAAUACAGCCUGGGAGGCUCCACUGAUGGGCCGAUCUACAGCACCAUUGAUGCAACCAGUGAGGACCUGCACGGCUUCACUUGUGGCCAGAACAUGUCCACCGCUCCUUAUGCCACCACCACCAUCAUGCCUGUCAGCAGUCAGACUCAGGCACUGGCUCAGAGUGCUGAGGAACAAGAUGGCGGGCACUGGAUCCUCCAGCCAGGACCGUCUGGAGCUCAGUAUGCACAGCCAGAGCGCUGCAGUGCUAAACCCAAGCAAAAGGUAAUGGGUAAGCCUGUCAAGACACCAACUCUUAACUGGAUGGAGGCCUUGCCCCCACCUCCACCACCUGGGGAACUGGAGCAGAGUGAUCAGCUUCCAGAACUGGAAGACAUGGACAUAGGGUCAGAGGACGAGUGGUGCCCCCCCCUCCCAGAGAGAACAUACCUGAUGGAGGGCUGUGAGAACGGGCUUUCCCCCCCUGAGAGGAACAGCGCUUCCUCUCCUGCCAACUCCUACAGCCACCAGUCGACUGCCACACUCACCCCGUCACCCCAUGAGGAAGCCUGGCCUCAGCCUGACGCCCCCCGUCCCAACCCAGUGGAGGGCCAGCCGCUGUCACGCAGAAGGUUACCCUGCGGUCUGACGCCAGGACCACAGGCCCCCAGCCCAACACUGACGCGGUCCAACCCAAACCUCUCCAGCCAACAGCAGCAUGCCUCAUCAGAGGGCUACAUGCCACACUGCCAAAGCCCCGCCCAUCGCUGCUUUCACAGCCAGGGGCCAACCAAGGAUGGAGGCGCUGUCGGCACAACUACACCCGCACAUGACUGCCCCUCCCCAGCAGAGGCAUGCACCCCUCCCUACCAAAAAUCACGAGGAAAGAAAAAGCUCUCUAAAACUUCUGCGUACAGGAGGGAUCUGCAAGGAGACCUUCCACCCCCACCUGACCCCCCUUCAGAGGAGGACGGACCACAGGGCUGGCAGGGCUGCAUGGAGGCGGGCCAAGCGUCAAACAGAGUCCUGUCCUCUUUGGAGAGGAGGGAAUACAGCAGCAACAGCCAGCAGCGGAAAAGCUCUGCUCAGAGGCACGCUGACAACGAAGAAGGGAUGGCGUACAACAGUAAGGGCAGUUAUCUCUCCAGGAGUCAGAUGUCUAGUAACUGCUCAACCACAGGAAGCUCCUCCUCCAGAGGAUCCACUGGCUCUCGAGGGCUUAACUCCACCCAGAAACACAGCGAGGACAUGAGAUAAGGACAGCAGAGGUUCCUGGUGGGACGUGAUGCCUGCAUUACCCCGCCCUGGAUAAAGGGAGCUCAGCUGGAAGCUCAAGAAGCGAGAUUCAUUCCGGUGUCAUUCCUGUGAAGAAGGGGAAAAGGACGGACUUUUUAGUCUUCUCAAAGUUAUUUAUGAUUUGGAGCUGACAGCUCUCCAUUCUUCUGUAAAUACCUCUGCUGUAAUGUUUCUUUGUGGAUUCUGGAUGCAGGCAAGGAGAAGUUUCAUAUUUAUGAUGAUUAAAAAACAUAAAAAAAGUCUGUUUUCAGAAAGACGUUCCCCUCCAAUGUGCCAUGUUUUUUGGUUGUUUUUUGUCUGAAUAUGAAAACAUUUGAAUAGCAGAACCACUGCUGGACUCUGGUUGUGAUGGAAAAACAGAAGAGGAUGUGAAGCACAAAGUGUGUUUGCAGGCUUGGAAAGGAGCUCAGAAAACCAAAAGGAGCCUGGAACGAUGCCCGCACUCCCAGCAUUUUCCUGACGGGAUCCCAAAUGUCGCCUUUCUCUUCUGGUUUCCCUGCUGCUCCAGCUGACAAACUGAGAGGCACAUGAACGUUUGAUUGUAACCCCCCUGUUCCCCCCAUGUCUAGCUGAGUCUGUUUGCUCCAUUUAGAAGAUCCGAUUUUCCUACAUUCCUAAAGUCAAUGAAAACAGAUGUCUGUACUGAUUUUUGUACUCUUGUUGUUUUGUAAUUGUACAAUAAAAUACAUUUGCUGAGUA